AUGGAGUACAAGAAGCUCCGGACAAGAGUCGAAAUCGACCAAAAACUUCUGGAUCACUUCAACAAGUGUGCAGCAGGGGUCUACGUAGGCACCGAGGAUAGAUUGAGCUUCUUCGACCGCCUUCCUCUGGUAUCGUCGGGUUUGGCAGCUCCCCCGGUUUUGGAUGAAGGCUUACCAAGAAAAUCAUUCAGAAUUCAAGUCGAUGAAUCUUCGCUGAUGGCGGACGCUGAAGUGCUGCUAAACGCCCUCAAUCUAAUGGCUAUUGCUCGGAGCGAGAGUCGGGCGGGUCGCUCCCAACGCGCAGAUCUUUACAUAGAGCAAGCCAUGGAAGUGCUCUCCUUUGGUGUCGAAGCGAAUGUCAUUCGGAGUCGAGCCGUUGAAAUAGUGCACAAUUUUCACCGAUUUCCAGUCGAGGAGCCUAUUCGCUCAGCAGAUCUUCCUUGGAACGAAGUCUGUCCGGCGCUCAUAGGCCCCAAACUCACGACUGAAAUAGUGGAGAAGUCCCAAUGCAGAAAGCUCACGGAAGCCCUGGUGAAGGAAGCAAAGUCCAAGAGGACGCACAGCAAUGGAAAAAGGAUGAAGACGUUUUCAUCAAAAAAAGAGAGGUUAGAAAAUCAUUUUGCUAUUCACGUAAGUGAGCAGGAUGUUCCCCAUAACGAACUUCAAGUUCGGGCAGGCAGACUGGCGCUUUUCCAAAAAAAUUGGGCACGUCUCACCAGAGACCCAUGGGUUUUAGAAACAAUACAGGGGUACAAGCUCGAGUUUGGCGAUGAGAAACCCCGAUGCUCCUUGCAUGAAAAGAGAUCUGCCUCGCUUUCUGACCUUCUCAUUGCUGAAGUCUCAAAACUGCUAGAGAAAGGGGCCGUUGAAGAAAUACCCUGGUCUUCAAAAGUUUGGACCUCCAGUAUAUUCGUUAUUCCCAAAAAGGAUGGCGGAAAUAGAACCGUAAUCAAUCUGAGACCACUUAACAAAUUCAUAAAACACCACCAUUUCAAACUGGAAUCCAUUGGCUUGAUCAGGGAUCUUCUAGAGAGAAAUGAUUUCAUGGCAAAGAUCGACAUGAAAGACGCUUAUUUCUCUGUGCCUAUACAUAGCAACUACCGCAAAUACUUGGCCUUUUACUGCGGCGGAAAACUCUUCCAGUUCAAGGCACUACCCUUUGGAUUAUCCUCAGCUCCAUAUGUCUACACUAGAUUAAUGAGGGUUAUCGCUUCAGAACUGCGAAGAUGUGGGAUACGGUUGAUUGUGUACCUGGAUGAUUGGCUAUUCAUUGAUAAUGAAAAGGCCUCUCUGGUAGCAAAAAUCAACCUGAUUAUACAUCUUUUCAAAAAACUAGGUCUAACCGUAAACGAGAGCAAAUCGCAGCUAGAACCGUCGCAAAUAAUAGAGUUUCUGGGUGUGACUAUCAACUCAAAGACCUUUGAGCUAUCAGUCCCAGAGCGCAAGAUAACAAGUAUUUGCAAUACUGCCCGAAGGAUUCGAAAACGUCGAAGAGUCACCCUACGCGAUAUAGCUCGAUUCAUUGGACAGGUGAACGCAGUCAACAUGGCAGCAAGCAUUCCUAUCCUGUUCCUGCGACCGCUUCAGUCUUGGCUAGGAAGGUUCCAUCUAAAGGAUGCGAAUGAUUACCAAAAAACUAUGAGCAACCUCCCACCAGCUUGCCUUCACGACCUCAAGUGGUUGUCAAGGAAUCUGGAUAAGAUGGCUCAUGAACCUAUUUUGCACAAAAACGAGUCGCUCACCAUCACAACGGACGCAUCAAACGUUGGACCCAGGUGCACUUGGCACAGACGCCUUCGCUCAAAAGUGGUCGGAGACUUACGGUUACGCAUUUCCGCCAUUCAAUUUAGUGGGAAGAACGAUCAAAAAAGCUCUGAGAGAAAGGGCACGCUUAAUUUUAGUGUGCCCGAAGUGGGAAAAUCAGAGUUGGUGGCCUCUCAUAAUGGAGCACGGCAAGGAGAUCACACCACUAAUCUCGAAUCAGAAUCUAUUGAAGGAUUCGAGCGGUUCUCCACACCCAUGCCUCAGAUCUCCCAGGUUUCGUUUGAUAGCAUGCACCAUCUAGCCCUAGUGGCCCCCAAACGGGUUUCCGAACUAGCAGCAUUAUCGUUGGAUUCUGUUCAAUUAGGCGAAAACUCAUGGGUUUUCUCCCUCGAUUUCGUCAACAAGAAUAGAGGAUUUGGGAAAGCACACACAGCAGUAGUGCACGCCUACAAUGAAGAUGUCCUCCUAUGUCCCCUUGUGACGAUUAAAGAUUAUAUAAACCGCACUAUCUUAUACCGUCACCAAGCGCGGACAUUAUUCCUAAGUACAAAUAGCCCACACCGAAGUGUCUCGUCCACAACCAUAGCUCGCUGGCUUCGAGAAGUGCUCAAAAACUCGGGAAUAGAUGACCGAUUCAAGGCACACUCAACCAGGGCGGCAAGCACAACAUCUUCCAAAAGACAGGGUCUCUCUUCAAAGGCCAUAAUGGAAGCUGCGAAUUGGGCACCUAAUGGAACCACCUUUGAAAAGUUUUAUUACAAAGGUCCAUCACAACAAACGUUUCAGAACUCGGUGCUCUCUUCGAAUAGGAAAUCCAAGAGGACUUCGGAUGGAAGAGAAAAAGAAGCCGAAAGACGCAAAAAGCCUAAGGAUCACAGGUCAAAGAAAACGCACGCUUCGAAGAAGUAA